AUGGCGGCUUACACCAAGUUAUGUGUUUUCUUGUUCAUGAUGAUGGCUUUCGUCGGCGGUUCAAUGGGUGAUCAAUACAUGGUCGGAGAUUCUUCCGGUUGGAAUAGCCAAGGCACCGAUUACAAAUCAUGGGCAUCCACCAUACAAUUCUACGUCAACGACGUAAUUUUUUUCAACUACAACCCACAAAUCCACGACGUGAUGCAAGUGUCAAAGGGCGACUACGAGGAAUGCAUCGCCGGGAAUCCACUCGCCUGGUACAAGAGCGGAAGCGAUACGGUGCAGUUUUUCGCUUCCGGAAACUUCUAUUUCAUCUGUAGCUACCUGGGCAUGUGUCCAUCGGGGCAGAAGGUUGAAAUCAACGUCUUGUCGAGGAACACAACCGAUAACCCCACUCCGAUGACGCCACCUCUCUCCACUCUAGCGCCGCCACAUGUCCACCCUUACUAUUGGGGGUUCGAUAAUGCAGCAUCAACAAAUCCACUAUGUUUCUACCACCACUUCGCUCUUCUCGUUUUCGCUUCAUGCGUUUUGUUUUUGAACCUGCAAUAG